AAAUUUUUUGUAGGUACUCUAAACUGGGACGUCAUUACUGAUUCUUCGGUACAAUGCUGGUUCAAAACAAGUAUGAUACCUGUAUUCUUAUUCUGUUACAUGUUGGUCUCAAGUG